AUGGCGAUGGAACAACCAGCACUGAGACAAACGGUCAGGAGCUUGUUGGGUAGUGGUGACCAAAGGGAUGAGAGAGGGCAUCAUGGGCGAGACCCCAUGGGCCCCGCUAAUCGUGGGGCGCCACGAACACAACUGGAGGGACGUGCCUAUUGUGGAGAGAGCGCCAAAGAUGAGGCUCAAAUCAGGGAGGUCGAGGCGUCAUGGGUCGACGUCAAGGGUGACACACCAUGGGCACCAUGUGCCAGCGAGCGGGUGAAGGGCCCUAAUAGCGAGCCGUUGCGAGUAAAGAGCGCUGAUGGCGAGGCAUCAGGGUUGUCGAGGGAUGGUGGCUGUGUUGAUCGCAAUAGAAGGGCGAUGCUAGAUGACGAACACAGGCAGCAGAGCCCGUAA